GUUUAAACUCAGCACGUUCCCUCUUUUUCAUACAAAUAACAACAAAAAGCAAAACUUUGUUGAAGACAAAGACUCGACGGAAUAACCUAUAAACUGUAUAUAAAAAUAUUUACGGUUAAAACCAAACAUCCCCGCCUCUGUAUGACGUAACCGCACAAACAAACGCGACCGUGACGGAAGAGUCCACUGUAGUCUGGACUGAUUGGGGGGGUAUUAAGUUUUAAAUAAGAUAAAAUAAGCGAUCCUGUGGGCAUUUUCGGGUAUGAUUUCAUAGUCUCCAAUUUGAAAUGAUAAACUAUUUAUACUUUAAAUAAUCAUAAUAAUUAGGGGACCUCUCACGGGGCCCUCUGACUGUCUCAGCCGGUUGUCCACCCCUCUCAGUUGGAGCGAUUUGUGCGCAUGUCCGGCUGUGCUUGGCGCUAAAUCUGUGUUUGAGUGAACACGAGACUCGUUUCUGAUCUUUUAGACAUUAAUUUAUUCAUGCAUCAAACACGGACGGAUCUCACGGUGUCAGGAUAACGUCAUAUUAUCGUAGUUGGCCGGACUGCAGCGGGUUAAUAAUGAUUGUGACUCUGGUAACUGUGCUGACUUUUCUGCCUUUUUCCGCGGGGGUCGCAGGACCGAGUCAGAGAGUCGAGGCGGUCGAAGGAGACGACGUUACUCUUCAGUGCCCGAUCGUCCCCGGGGUCGACCUGUCUGCUCACACGGUGGACAUAAGCAAACAGGACCAAGAUGUCAAGAACGAUAUCGUCCACGCCUACGUGCACGGACGGGACCAUUUUCGUCCACAGAUGUCUCAGUACAGAGACAGGACGGCUCUCAGCCGUGAAGACCUGACCAGAGGACUCGUGAAACUGAAGAUCUCCUCGGUGACGCCGGCUGACGGCGGACGAUACGAAGUCUUUCUCAGGGAUUUGAAUGCCGAGUGUGUGAUUGACCUCACUGUGGUUUCUGAAGACGAACACAACAGGAGCGACGACUCCACCACACCUGUACCUCCUGAGGAAGAAGUGACCGAGUCCGACGGCGGAGCUGCUGCAAAGAACGAGUCAGCGCUCGCCCCUGACGGUGGUGUCGGUGGUGUCCGUGGUGUCCGUGGUAUUGCUGCUGCUGUUGUUUUUGUUGCCGCCUGUGGUCUUCUUGGUUUCCUGGUGAAGCGUCAAAAGAUCAAGAUCCGUAAGAAGACGCCGAGAGAAAUCAACGAGCAAGAAGAGGAAAAGAUGAUGAAGACAAACAGCUUUGAAAUGAAAAGCAGGCGAGCAGCGGAGGGGGGCGGAGACCGACACGGCGCUGCAGAAAAUGGCCUGAUACGAUGAGCGGUUAUUUUCUCUGACCAAUAACUCUGAUUUUAAAAAAAGCAAAAAUGAUUAUUUAAAGAGCUCAAGCGCUCCAGAUAAUUAUGGGAUUGAUACGUGUUUAACUGAAAGAAAAUGAACCCCUUCAUGCAGUCCCGUAACCGAGCUGGUUAAAAAGUCGAUGGACUGAAUCGAUGUGACGUCGCACUGACUAAAAAGUCAUUUCUGGGUUAAAAAAGAAAAACUGGGCGACUGAAUUGCUGAGUUUAUUUCUGUUGUCGUUUUCAGCCGAAACGGUAACAUAUAAAGAUUUAGACCACGUUUAUACGGAAACGAUUUCAGGAGAAAACGCCAACCUUUAGUUACGUUUCGGCUGUUCAUUCAAACGACGGUGCGGUUUUGUGUGUCCGGGUUUCACCGUUUUCGUCGUCAUGUAAACUGGCAUUACGGAGUUUCCUCUGACAACGGGGACGUUUUUACGUGUGCAUUACGGUCUCAGUCGAUAGCCGUGUGCGAGUAGGUUGUGGACGUAUUUUAGGGAAGUGUGGAUACAGCCGUGGGGGCGGGGCCUCGGUCAGUCCUAUAAGAGCUGCUCGGUGGUGCAGGAAGCAGAAAAAGCUCUUUUUACGGGUUUAGAAAUGCGUGAAAUACCCGGAUACCCAGAGCACACCGAGUAGAGAUUAACGGCAGUCGAGCGCGCACGAGGGGGUCACUUUCGCCGGCGGAGCGACCGACUUCCAGAUUUAGAUUUUUCAAAUGUUUUCGAACCGGAUGGUUUACGUCCAGACAGGGAUAGAAGACGUUUUGGGGAUUUUGAUCUCACAAAAAAUGAUUAUUACUGCAUCAUUACUUGGAUCAGCGGGAAGGGGCGGUACUUCCACCGCUUACUGAUCCGUGUUCGCGGCGUUUGUUUUGAAAACAUUGUGGUCUAAAUGUGAAAUUUUCUUUAAAACGAUCCACAGAAAACUGUUUUCUGUGGAUCGUUUUGAGCGUAAACGUGUCAGUCACGGUGGUCUCGAUCUAUCUGACGUUAUUUUAUGAACUAGGAUUAAUCAAGUAUUAACUGGAUAAAUUCAUUUCACAAGGAAUCAUGGGUAACGGUGCGUCAUCUGUGUUGUACGCUGUGAAUUUCAGUUUUUUGGGUUUUGUUUUACAAAUAGGCUGAUCUUUGCUUUUUGCUGAAAUGUUGGAUUCAUGUUUAUGUUUAUUUUCAGACAACAUCAAGUACUUCUAAAUGAUUUUAAGUGCAGUCACUUUCCACCUGUAGUCCUGACGGACAGCUGUUUUUAAAAUGGAAAUAUUUUACACGGUUUCAUUUUAAAUUUGUAUUUAUGAUGUCUGACUCUUUACAUGUGAUAUUUAUUUUCCUAUCCUAGCUUUCUCUUUUGGAUGUUGUUGAAGGUGAUCAUGAUUUUUGUCAUUUGAAGUAAUUUUAAAUAAACACGGAAACCUUUGAGCCUCUCA